AUGUCGAGCAGUGCCAAGUUCGCUGGCACUCCACCGCAGCCCACACCGGGUCAUAUGCCAGGUACAAGGGGUGAGUAGAAUCGCCUUCGGGCAUGCUCACACACACUCACUCACACCUUUUUCUACGCGUCGCAGGAAACUUGACUCCCUCACAAACCAGGGCGCUCUACAGGUUGUGGUCUCGAUUCUUUAGGCUUUGCCAAGAGCCAGCAGCGCCCGGCUCAGUUGGAUCGACGAGCAAUUCGGUCAGCGCAAGCAGCUCAGCGGAAGGCAAAAAUGCUGGCGGAAAUAUACCCUACUCCACGAAUGGUUCGACGCGUCCAUAUGAAGCUUCGUCAUCUUCUCGGUCUGAUUUUAGGGGCAAGACUGUCGGGCACUCGGAUUCCUCUCAGCUUGGUGGUCGAGCGACAUCUAGCCAUACACGACUUGACUCUGGCGUCUCCACCUUGUCUGGAGGUGGAGUGGGUGGGUCAAAGCUGGGCAGAAGGGUGUCUGCUGGUGCUCCUCCCAGCUCGCUGAAUGGCGCCUCCGACUCUGCCUCGACCAAUGGUCCUCAUCUUGGCUCCAAGAUCCCACGAGACGAUGGAGUCAAAGACGAGCUGAAGACGCUCGAAGAGGCAAAGGAGAUGAGGACAUUCUUGGAUAGGUACGGAGGCGAAAGGUUGAGAACGGUGUUUUGGGAAAUGGUCAAAGGCGAGCAUCCGGAUGCCCUCAUGCUGCGCUUCCUGAGAGCGAGGAAAUGGGACGUGGAUCGUGCUAUUGCCGUCAUUGGAGCUACUGCAGCCUUUCGAAUCGAGUGAGUGGAUGCGCAAGCUAAAUCUUGCAAUCAAAAGACGAAGCCUGACACGUUUCGAGUGGCCUCUGUGCGAAAUGUUAGAAACGACGUCGAAGCUCUAGUUCGAGGUGGUGAGCUGGAACUUUGCAAGACCAAAGGCGGACGCAACAUCUUCCAAAAUGGAAUUUCAUACGUAUAUGGCGCAUCGUACACUGGCGAACCGGUCUACUUCAUCGAAGUCGGCUCCCACUUUUCUCAUGCGCAGACCCAAUCGGAAUUGAAGCGCGCCAUCAUUCUGCUGCAAGAAUGGUUGAGCAUGCUGAUGCCUCCUCCAGUCGAGCAAAAGGUCGUCGUCUUUAACUUGCGCAACUUUGGACUGAGGAAUAUGGAUUGGUGGACGGUUUUCUUCAUGGUCAAGACUAUGGAAAGCUACUAUGUGGAGAGCUUGGCUAGAGUAUACGUUCAUUGCCCACCCUGGAUCUUCAGACCCAUCUGGGCAAUCCUGCGCCCACUGCUCGACCCUGUCGUGCGCGACAAGGUCCGUCUUACGAGCACGGUAGAGGAGCUUUCAGAUCACAUUCCUUGGGAUCAUUUGCCAAAGGAUUCGAUGGGCGGCGGGGCAGAUUGGGGCUUCAGCUACCCGGUGAGCAAGUAAAACGAGAUGGCAUUGGGGCCCAUGCGGGACUCUUGGACUGAUCAAGAAAUGUCCCCUCUCCCGUGAUCGCUAUGCUCGCAGCUGCCCGAUUCGCAAGAGAAUGAUUUGCAGCUCGAUACCGAAACGCGCGAUCGGUUGCGAGCAGCUUACUCGGAAGUUGCCAUGGAUUUCGAGCGGUCCACUGCGCGCAUCAUUCGGCGGUACCAAGCAAAAGCCGCAUCUCGCUCUGUUGUCGACGGAUUCUCAUCAGCCGACGUGUCGGACGAGGAUUACGUUGACGAUGAAGAAGAAGAAGAAGACAGUAGUGCUAGCUUUGCCGAGGAUCUCAAAGCUCAGCGUGAUGUUUUGGCGACUCGCUUGCGGGUUGCGUGGCUAAGACUAGCACCCUACGUCGUCGGAAGGAGCAAGUAUCACAGAUGGGGCGUGGUCAAUGAUGACGGGAUCGUCCGGUGGAAUUACCACACGUUAGAAGGCAAGCAUGAGGUGCAGACGUGCGGAGAGGGAACCACUCUGGGAGCACUGGAAGCUGGACUGGAGCAAAUCGAGGCUGCUCAAAAGCAUGCCGAUACGACGGCUGUUGUGGAAGAGCCAUCCCAAUCCAACGGGCGCGCGGUGGAGAAUGGUAGACACAGACGUCAGAGGACUGGAGGUACGGGCACUCGAGCUUUGGACGAGGCGCUCGGUCUGGACACGGGAGAUGUGGACCUUCAAGAUGCUCCGACUGCGCCCGCCACGACUUCUGACCAGACGGAUCAGACCUCUUCCACUGCAAGACCUGCCGAGACAGCCUCUGAAGGUAGUCCCGUCUCACCGCUCAAGACCAUUUUGACCGAUCAGGAGCAGCAGCAGACGGCUCUUGAGACAUCCUCCGUCGAUGCCGUGGUGCCUGUGCAUCCCCUGGAGGCGUCGAGUGACAGCCAGGCAUGA